AUGGCGUCCUCAAGCUGUCCCAGCUACAGCAGAGGCAACUCGUUCCACAACCAGCCAGCACCUCGAGCAGAGUCCAUUGCAAUGGCAGCACAAGCUUACCUCGCCCAUCAAAGCGCCCUCGCCGAAGGCCAGUUCAUCGACAUCGGCAUGCGAAAGUCUCGCUCCGUUCGUGAAGUCGUCAGUGGCGGCAUCAGCGCAGGUAAGGACUUCUGCAAGACUAACACCCUUCCCAAGAAGCCUGAGGCAGGACCUCCCGAGACGAUCUCUGCACUUCCGGUAGCCGAGAAAGCUCCAAAGAUCGCACCUCCUCGUCCAGCUCGAGACCCGGGCUGGUUUGGAGUCCCUGGCGAGCCUGUUCGUCAAGGAUCGCAGGAUAGUAAUUGUACUAUCACGCCGGAGGCGUGGCUUAGGAAUAGAACGCCUCGGGCGGGAGAGGUGAUGCCAAGUGAUCCGGAGGCAUAUCGUAGAAACUUUGAGCUCAGAGAUCAGGAUGGGUUAUUUUGA